AUGUACAAAGGCGUUAAAGGCCACAUCUUGUGCUUAACGACCGUCGGUUUAAGUUUGGUCUAUGGUCGACAACAAUAUUUCCGAGUGCAACCUCGGGAUGUUCAAGUGCGAGAAGGUGGUGAGGCCAUGUUGGAAUGCGAGGUAGCUAAUUUGGCGGGUCAAGUGCAAUGGGCGAAAAAUGGAUUCGUCUUAGGGUUCUCGUCGGUUAUUCCGGGUUUGCCUCGACACUCAAUGGUCGUUGACCGUCCUCACGGCAUAUACAACUUGAGGGUGAGCAAUGCUUCCCUAGAGGACGACGCCGAAUAUGAGUGUCAAGUGGGACCGGCAAAGCCUCAUAAGGCAAUUCGAGCAAAAGCCAGGCUCAACGUCAUGUCGCCGCCCUCAUCCGUUGAAAUUUUAAACUACCGGCAUUUUUCAAAGAUAGAAAUAAAAGAAAAUGAAGAGUUCCAUCUCGAAUGCAGAGUGCGAAAUGCAAAACCGGCAGCAAAAAUUGUCUGGUACAGAGGAAACGUAGUAUUAAACAUACCCAAUCGCGAUGAUCAAAUAAUUGAAGUUCCCGGGAACAACGGGGACAAAAGAUUUACCAGAUACGACACGCAUUCUCGCAUAUCGUUGAAGCCAACAGCUCAAGAUGAUCAUGCCGAAUACACGUGCGAAGCGAUGCACGAAGCAUUAUCUUCCGACAUACCUAUGAAAACAUCAGUGCAGUUUAGUGUAUUUUAUCCGCCUGGUUUGCCAUAUAUUGAGGGGUAUACGGAAGUACCUCCGUCUAAUUCGUCACCCAGCUUAGAUAAGGAAAACUUAAGAAAUUUCUCCGAUUUCCUUAUAACAGUGGGCACUAUUGUGGGCACCUUAAUAAUAUUAAUGAACCUCUUGCUCAUCAGUUGUUUCUUACACAGAAUAUCCAAGAAACGGAUUUCAGAACAAAGUAAUCAAAGUCGUACAUCGGCUACCAUCGAAAUGUGUGCUCCGAAUAGCCACAACGAUACCGUCACAGGUGAAACAUUGUCCUCAGUUAAUGAGAAAAGUGCAACUUACAGUAACGAAGGAAGUAACAACGACUACGUGGAGGAUGACCCUAAACAAGCAACAAGGAUUUACUUCAUGGUCGAACCGGACUACCCAGGUGUACAGCCAGUGUGUCUCAGUUAUGAGCAUGAUAGGACCAGAGCUAGAGAUGACCAAAGCCUUGACUUUCAAGGCACUAUGACAGCAAAAUCGACGUUCAUAAGUGCCCCACCGCCAGCACCUCCAGCAGACGGGUCGUAUUACAACAUGUCCCACUGCUAUCUUUCGAAUCCACCACCUCUAGAUUUUCAAGAUCCGCCUCCAAUACCGGCACUUCCUCAGGUGGAUCAUAUGCACAACCCGAUGACACCGCCUCUUCCGGCCAAUGAAUCUCUUCUCCGCCAUCAGCGAGAUGCCGUUCCAUCGCCAGACGUUCUUCACAAAACCAGAGAGAAUCCCCAAAGUCUCCUAGCUCAAAUUCUUGAACAGGAAGGAUAUCUUGUCUGAGACAUGGAAGAUAUUUUAAAUGUCGUGUAAAAUAUCAAGCGCGACUGAUGCUCAAUUUUGUGAAUUUAAAAAGGAUCGCUGCAAAACAGAGACAUAUGUAAUCAAUUAAUAACAGGGUAUUUAAUAAGUUUCUCAACAAUAACUCUGUUAAAACAGUUAAUAUUGUUGUUUGCAUAUAUUGUUAAAUGUUAAUUUAAGUUCUUUUUGCAUGUUUUUACAUGAGUAAAAAAUGUUAUUUACUAGUCCAAUCCAAC